AAAGCACUGCAGAUGUCACUCCAACGCCGUUUCCAGGGGAUGUUUGCAAAUGUCAGAAUGGAUGAAACAGCACAACCCUCCAUAGAGCUUCCAUUUGGAGAUAUGGUCUACAUGUUGUCUGCACUACUAGACCCAUCAUUCUGCCUCUUUUGGCUAGAACAAGAUGUCCUCACACCAGAUGAAGUCAAGAGUGAGGUGAAGAAGAUGAUGAUAGACCUUCUCUUGGUUGAGGCUCAGAAAGUCACCAUACCUGAGGGCAGCAGUGGAGAAGAUGAGGAGGAGCCAGCAGUACCUGCUAAAACUCCACGUCUUUUCUCUGGCUACCGCAAGAAGAGUACCAAGAAAAAUGCAGACCAUCACACAUCCUGCAAAGAUGAGGUCAUUCGCUAUAUCCAGGUGUGCUCUGAAGAAGAAGUUGACUGUAUGGAUUUCUGGCAAAAGCAUGCAAAGGUCUUCCCAAGGCUUUAUCUUGUGUCUAUGAAACUGCUUGCAGUUCCUGCCACAAGUGCACCAGUGGAAAGGGUAUUUAGUCAUGGAGGCCUUAUAAUGCGCCCUCACCGAGCCAGACUUAGUGCAAAGACACUGUCAAGCUUGAUCUUUUUGAAAUGUAACCAUUCUGUUGCUUAAGACUUUUCUAGUUCUUAGGCCACUGAAGGACACCUAGAAGCCAGAAAUGUUUUUGUGGCCUGGUUAACCAGUCUAAUCUCAUCCUUUGGAUUU